AUGAGGAUAUCAAAUUCUCCUUGCAGGGCAAUUUCCCUGGCGUUCCUGCUCUCCACCGUCCUCGCCCUAAACCCUGCAGACGGAGAUAGAACACCCAAGAUAGUAGACCUAGGAUAUGCGAGAUACCAAGGAACUGCUCUGUCCGGAGUCCACCAGUUUCUGGGAAUGCGAUAUGCCGAACCGCCCAUAGGCGACCUGAGAUGGCGGGCUCCACGAGAUCCAAGUCCCAUACCGGGCAUCCAACGGGCAGACACCCUCCCCCCUAUCUGCAUCGGCCUCGGCGAGACCACGACCGCGAACAAGACAGAAGACUGCCUGUUCGUCAACGUCUUCGCGCCGUCCAACGCGACGCCAACAUCCAACCUCCCAGUCUGGGUGUACAUCCAGGGCGGCGGAUUCGUGACGAAUGCCAACGCAAACUACAACGGAUCAGACCUCGUGGUAAAGUCUGGGUCCGGCAUCAUCUUGGUUAAUUUCAACUAUCGCGUCGGGCCUCUGGGGUUUCUCGCCGGGGCGGAAGUUCGCCGAAACGGCGACGUGAAUGUUGGCCUGCUGGAUCAGCGCAAGCUGUUACACUGGGUCCAAAAGUAUAUUCACUCAUUUGGGGGCAAUCCUGGACAUGUGGUGAUCCACGGCGCCUCUGCAGGGGGCACGUCAGUCACGCACCACCUGGCCGCCCACGACGGGCGCGACGACGGGCUAUUCGUAGGCGCAAUUGGGGAGUCGGUCGCUUGGACACGCUCCUUGACGAUCCGCGAGUCGGAUGCCAAUUUCGCACGACUCGCGGCGCGCCUCAACUGUACCGGGGUGAGCCGGAUGCGCUGCCUGCGAAGGCUUGACGCCAGCACCAUCCAGACUCUCGGAUACACACCGCACGAGGAGGCCAUGGCUCUGGAGAGCCAGCUGCUGUUCCAGCCGGUCAUUGACGAUGAUCUAUUCACGGCCCCGCUGUACCGGCUCUUCGCGCAGGGCAAGUUCCUAGCCGUGCCUCUUAUAGUAGGCUGCGACACCAACGAGGGCAGCCUGUUUGCGCCCAACGCCUCGCAGCGCAGCGAAGUGGUCAGUUUCGUGCAAGGCUGGUCCCCACAGCUGCAUGGCCCCCAAAUCCAGCAGCUGGUUGAUCUUUAUCCCCCGGCCGAGUUUGCGCCAGUGCCGGGGCGCGCGCGGUUCUUUCCGCCAGCAUCGCAGAUCUUUGCUGACGGGGUCUUUCUGUGUCCCACCGCGUGGAUCGCUAGUCGUCGUCGUAUCCAACGAGUGUGGAACUACCGUUACAACGUCCGCGAUCACGUCGCUGUCGCUGCAGGGCUGGGCGUGCCGCAUACCUUUGAGACGGAGGCGAUAUUUGGCCCCGGCCAGGCAGAGAGCAUCAGGCCGGGUUUUCUGGGUGCCGGGGCCUCGUACAGCACGUACAACGCCGCGGUGGUGCCGCUGUUACAGAAUUACCUAAUUAGCUUUGUGAAGGACCUGGAUCCCAAUUCGUUGCGUUCGUCAGGAUCUCCGUUUUGGGAGCCAUUCACGCCAGACAGCGCUGUCCGCUUGAAGAUCCAGACAAACCGCACCGCCAUGGAAGCCCUGCCUCUCGAUCUACAGGGGAGGUGCGAUGUUUGGUAUAGUUUUGAAGGCAUCAUGCAGGAGGAAAAGUAG